UUUCAGCACCAUGCAGCGUGCCAGGACACCUCUGCAGCUCCUCAUCGCCUCAUCCACACGUCAUCAUCAUCAUCAUCGUCAUCACCAGGAGGCGCGCUCGGUGGGGAUCAUCGGCGCGCCUUUCGCCAAAGGACAGCCCCGGGACGGCGUGCAGCUCGGACCGGACGUAAUCCGCGCCGAGGGACUCGUGCACAAGCUUCGGGCGCAAGGUUGCAUCGUGAAGGAUUAUGGGAAUUUGACCUUUGAGGACGUGGUGCCCGACGAGCCAGUGGGACGGGUGAAACACGCCCGGGCGGUGGGCAACGCCAACCGCAGGUUGUCGGAGGCGGUGCGGGCGGUGAAGCGCGAUGGGCACGCCGCGGUCGUGCUGGGCGGAGACCACAGCUUGGCGAUGGGCUCGGUGCACGGGCACGCCUCGGCGGUGGGCGAUCUGAGCCUGGUUUGGGUGGACGCCCACGCCGACAUCAACACGCCGCUCAGCACGCCCACGGGAAACAUGCACGGGCAGCCCGUGUCGCACCUGCUCCACGAGCUGCGCCCAAAGAUCCCCGUCCUGCCGAACUUCUCGUGGAUGACGUCGUGCGUGUCGGCCAAACAUUUGGUCUACAUCGGCCUGAGAGACCUGGACCCCGAGGAGCAUUACCUCCUGAAGCUGGCGGGCGUGAAGGCGUUCUCCAUGACGGACGUCGACCGUCUGGGCGUCGGCCGCGUGAUGGAGGAGACGUGCGACUUCCUGUGUAAACGCGGGGCGGAGAGACCGAUCCACCUGAGCUACGACGUGGACGCCUUGGACCCCACCGUUACCCCGGCGACGGGGACGCCCGUGCUGGGCGGCCUCACCUACAGGGAGGGCGUCUACAUCGCGGAACGGCUCAGCGACACCGGGUCGCUGUCGGCGGUGGACGUGGUGGAGGUGAACCCGGCGCGCGGCGCGACGGAACGCGACGUGCGCUCGACGGCCCGGGCGGCGCUCGACAUUUUGCUGGGCUGCUUCGGACGCCGGCGGGGGGGGGCCCACCCGCCUCAUUUCUGCCUGCCUGACGCAUGAAUGCACCAAAACUCUUCCAGCAAGUUAUUCCAGAAUCUUCAUAUCCUACUUAAGCUCCAAGUACUAGUGCACUCUUUGUCCUCACUAGCGAGACAAUUGAGCGCACUAGUAGAACGACUAAUCGUUUGUCCUUCGGCCGGAAGCUGGAUAUGGUAGUUAUUGAAGAGGAAUUCUUCUGCUGGAUGCUGGUUUUAAAAAAUAAUAAUUAAAAAAAAAGAGAGAAAAGAAAGAAAAGCUUGAAUCCAAAGAAACUCUCUCACGCAACAUUGAAUCAAAUCAGUUUUAAAAAUAGUUAAAAUAUGUAUGUAUAAUGGUUUGUUUGAAUAAAAAUAAUUCAUUCUUAAAUUAAUUACAUUUAAAUAUAACCAAGUUAAAAAAAGUCAAAUGUAUACAUAAAAUUGUUUGUUAUUUUUAAAUUAUAUGUACAAUAAAUCAGUUGACCAUUUUAA